ACCAAUUAAACUGUUUUAUUAAUAAUAAAAAUGGAUUAUAUCUUCUGUCUCAGUGAGUACGCAGCCAAAAAAAAGUCGUAGAAACCAAAAAAAAAGUCUUUGAAGUAAAAAGAAAGGAAUAAACAAAAUGAUGUGAUAGAAAAGACCCCAACUUUUGCAAUGAAAAUAUUAACUGAAAGGGAAACUCUUUUAAGCAUUUAGGUGGACGUCUACUGGUUUCUUACAUCCCAACUAAAUGUUAGUAUGAUUUUUUUUUAAAAAAACUGAUAAGACAUAUUAAUAAUAUAUCGCUCCAUAAACAUGUAAGUUAGAAUUAAAUUUUUAUAAAUUAUAAAAAAAAAGAAAUUUGACUAUUGGAUGUACAUAUACUGGAGUUUAAUUUGUUAUUUUUAUUAUAAUUUAUAGAAGUCGAAUUUAAAUUUGCAUGUUUGUAAAGUGAUAUACUACCUAUUAAUCUAUUUUAUUAUUUUUUAAAUUUUUUUUAAUAAUCAUUUGAUUGGCAUGCAUGAAUCACCCAAGAGAUUUACAACCCAUCUUCCAACCGAAUUACGUUUCCAGAAUCACAUAAAUCUUGCAUCUUCAUCAUGUCGUUCAUGGCGGCCGGGGUGAUAUGAAUCUAUGAUGUGUCGUGUGUGUGUGUGUGGUGCAGACAGCUGCUGGGCGUUCGCGGUGGUGGCGGCGACGGAGGGGCUGAUCAAGAUCGAGACCGGCAACGUGACGCCGUUGUCGGCGCAGCAGGUGCUGGACUGCACCGGCGGGGACAACACGUGCAAGGGAGGCCACAUCCACGAGGCCCUGCGCUACAUCGCCACCGCCAGCGCCGGCGGCCGGCUGAGCACGGACAAGAGCUACCGGCCGUACGACGGGGAGAAGGGCACCUGCGCCGCCGGCUCCGGCUCCGCGUCGUCCUCGUCCGUCGCCGUCGUCAUCCGCGGCGUGCAGAAGGUGACGCCGCACGACAAGGACGCGCUGCGCGCCGCCGUGGAGAGGCAGCCCGUGGCGGCGGACAUGGACUCGAGCGACCCAGAGUUCAGGGGAUUCAAGGGAGGACGCGUGUACCGCGGCAGCGCUGGCUGCGGGAAGAAGCGGAACCACGCGGUGGCGGUGGUCGGGUACGGGACGGCGAGCGACGGCACGCCGUACUGGCUGCUCAAGAACUCGUGGGCCACCGACUGGGGGGAGAACGGCUACAUGCGCAUCGCCGUCGACGCCGACUGCGGCGUCUCCAGCCGCCCCGCCUACCCCUUCGUCUAAUAACUAAGGAUACCGUGCGUCGAUCGCUGUCGCGUUUCCUUCCUCGUUUCGUACUAAGUUACCGUAAUUUCGUCCAUUAUAUUCGUAUACAUGCUUGAAAUUCGGAAGCAUGUAUAUAAGAGUAUAUCGUAGAGUCAAUAACCCAUUUGUACUAAGCAAGUGUAUGUAUAUGCAUGCGUUGUAUCCUUCUUUUUUCCUUGAAUACAUAUCACAGACAUUCAUGAUGCGUA